CUUGUUGCAUCAUGGACCAUCUAUAUGAUGUUAGAAUUCGUCAUAUUUAUUAUCAGGUUAUACCAUGUUGCACCUAGCUAGAUGGAAAAUAAUGUUGCUAUUGAGUUGUGAAAGAAGUAAAAUGCUCAUAACAUUGUUGUUGAUUGAAGUAAGAUUUGAUGAAAGGCAGAUACUACAAACAUGAUUUUAGAAAGCAAAGUGAAAAAUAAUCAUGAUUGAGUCGAGCUAGUGAUGGUGUCAGUGCUGAUAAUGAUUCAGUAGGCCAUGAUCAGGUUGAAAGGAUUGAGUUGUCUCAAGUAGGCGAUGAUCCCGUCAUUCGAUCUGGCCAACUUGUUGGAAUACUUUAUGAUUUUGGAAGGAGUAAAAUAUGAAAAGAGAGAAGUUCACACCAUGUGAAAGAAUCAAAUGGUUUUCUUAUUCCACAACACUACAAUUACAUUCUGAGUUUCCUUAUAUAGCAAGUAGCUCAACUAACUUUCAAAACAAACUUAACAAACUAGUUACUUGAAUAGCAAGUAACUGUCAAAACUUACUCUAUCUAUUAGUUAACGAACCAACGUUGAAUUAUAUCACAAUACACCGCCUAAUUCAUGUCGGAUAGAGCCUUCCUUCCCAUCAUGUUCUUUAGUUCAUCAAACCUACUUUUACAAAAUAUGAAUUUUUUAUUAAGAGAUUAUAUUAAGAUAACUUUUUAAAUAUCAAAUGAGAUUUAAGUUGUUGAAAGUGAUGGAUGCUGAACGUUGGCGUCCUAUGGCUGUCGAGGAACACCUUAAAGUUCUCUGUUCGUCGUACUCGAAAACAAAUAUUCAAAUUUCGCAUAUAACACAAAUGCAUGCAGAAAUACCCUGCCUAUCUUACAAUUCUCCACACACAAUGGUCCCAAGACUUAGCUGUUACAUUCCUAAUUCAUAUUCCCAUGUUCACACACACGCAAGCCAAACUCCACAUGAAUCCUGUUAUUCAAACCACACAAUUUCAAUUCUAAACCAAAUUAGGCAAUGCCUAAUUCUUUAUUAUAGCAUUCACAUUUCACACGCAAAAUCAUAACUCAUAACUUUCAUUCAAGUUUUUGCAGUACCAUUUUGUUUUCUGAAAAUCAAUGGCUACAAACUGGAAUUUUUUUUCUAUCCCCAACAGCACUAUCACUUACCCUCAUUGGUAUUCACCAAAACCUGGAAUUUACAGCAGUUUACAGUCUCCUAGGAACCUUCCAACAGACCCUUUUCUCGAUGUUGUUUCCUUCAUUUUUUCUCACCCUCAUGACGGGGUUUUAGCCCUUAUUGAUUCCUCAUCUGGGACUUCCAUUUCUUACUCAAAUUUGUUAACUUUAGUCAAAUCCUUGGCUUCUGGUCUUCAUAAAAUGGGUGUUUCACAAGGUGAUGUUGUUUUGCUUUUACUUCCAAAUUCAAUUUACUAUCCUAUUGUACUAUUGAGUGUUAUGUAUCUAGGUGCUGUUGUUACACCAUUGAAUCCUUUUAGUAGUGUUGGCGAAAUUCGUAAGCAGGUUAAGGAGUGUCGUGUGAGCUUUUCUUUUACUAUACCUGAAAAUAUCAAGAAGCUAGAGUCAUUAGGCAUUCCUGUUAUUGCUGUGCCAGAAAAUGAAAUGGAUUUGAAGCAUGAUUGUUUCUCAUGUUUUUAUAACCUUACUUAUGGUAAAUUCUAUUCAAUAAAGAAAAACCUUAUUUAUGGUGACUUUGAUUUGCCUCAAAGGCCGGUUAUUAAACAAGAAGACACUGCUGGUAUAUUAUAUUCUUCUGGUACUACAGGUGUGAGCAAAGGAGUUGUUUUAACUCAUAGAAAUCUUAUUGCUAUGGUUGAGCUUUUUGUGAGGUUUGAAGCUUCUCAAUAUGAUUACUCUAGUUCCAAGACUGUGCAUCUAGCUGUUUUGCCUAUGUUCCAUUUAUAUGGUUUAGCGCUCUUUGCUACCGGAUUAUUGUCACUGGGUUCUACAAUCGUUGUAAUAAGGAAAUAUGACAUUGAUGAGGCUAUUAGGGCGAUUGAUAAAUAUAAAGUUACACACUUUCAUGUCGUUCCAAUGAUGUUGUCGGCAUUGACAGCGAAGGCAAAGGAUGGUAAUGGAAGUAAGUUGCAGAGUUUAAGACAUGUCUCUUGCGGUGCAGAGCCUUUGAGCAAAGGAGCUAUAAAAGAUUUUGUCCAAGCUUUCCCUAAUGUUGAUUUUAUACAGGGUUAUGGAAUGACUGAGUCGGGCGCAGUAGGAACACGCGGCUUCAAUACUGAUAAGUUUCACAACUAUUCCUCACUAGGGUUGUUAGCUCCAAACAUAGAGGCAAAAGUGGUAGAUUGGAAAAGUGGUACAUUUUUGCCCCCAGGCCUCAGCGGUGAGCUUUGGUUGAGAGGGCCUUCAAUUAUGAAAGGAUACUUGAAUAAUGAGGAAGCUACAAUGUCAACAAUUGAUAAAGAUGGUUGGAUACAUACUGGAGAUAUUGUUUAUUUUGAUCAAGAUGGAUAUUUAUAUAUGUCUGGCCGUUUGAAAGACAUUAUAAAAUACAAGGGCUUUCAGAUUGCUCCUGCUGAUUUAGAAGCUUUGUUAAUUUCGCAUCCUGAAAUAGUUGAUGCCGCCGUUACAGCUGGCAAGGUUGAUGUAGCUGGGGAGAUUCCAGUGGCAUUUGUGGUCAAGAAAGUCGGAAGUGUACUUUCUUCACAGCAUGUGAUCGAUUACGUUGCUAAGCAGGUUGCUCCAUACAAAAAGGUUCGGAAAGUGGUCUUCACAGACAAGAUACCGAGAUCUGCGACUGGGAAAAUCCUCCGAAAGGAACUCAGGAAUUGCUUGACUUCUAAGCUCUGAGGCAUUUUUGUGGACAUAUCUAGAGAGUGAUCCUGAAAAAUCACCAAAGACUAUGCAUAGUGGGUUAUCAUGACAUGAAAUAGGUUGAAUAUGAUUGUUUUUAUACAUGCACCAUUCGUUCUAUUAAAGGAAUAAAGAACAUUGUAUCUAAAAAAAAUCGAUUCUACAUAUCUUUUUUAUUUAUUUGUGAAUAUAGAACUAUAGCAGAGAUUAGAGUCCAAAAACCAGAAGAAGAAAAAACUAUCAAUUACUGUGUCAUGUACACCUCUAAUCAAUUAUAUUAAGAGAUCCUUA